CAUUUGUUGUUGUUCUAGAGCGCACGCACGCCAGUUCCGCUGCAGUUUUCGGGGGGUGAUAAGCGUGAUUACGGGAGUCAGAAGUGCGAAUCAUUCGUUUCCCCACGCGAAACAGUGCCACUGCUGCAGGGAUAUCGAAAUACCUGGCUCGUGCUAGAGUGAAGCGAAAGUGAUACGAAACCGAAGUGAGUGUGAAUUUAUUCACGAAAAGCGAAACGUCGAAAUCGAAAGCAGCAGCACACACGCACUCGGGCCCGCACUGAUAAGCGUGUGCGGUGAAUCUUUGGCAGAGUGUGUAACAAAUUUACCUUCCCCCGCGGUGCGCACCAGCUUCCGUGUCCGAUUGUUUCCGCCAGGUGAAGAAGCAAAAAAGCAGCAGCAGCAACCGCAAACGGAAUGUGUGCGAACGUGUCGUGUGUUGUGCGCGCUGCCAGCAUGAUGUCACAGUGUGCUACGCUGUGCAGUGCCCCACGGAUGCCACCGCGGCUUAGUCACCGGAUAGGUGGGAUGGCUGGUGCUUCCAUAUCCUUCCACAGCACGGCCCAGCAGCAGCAGCACCGGGCCACCCAACACCUGCCAGCGCGAGUCGCCGCCCGAACUGGAUACAACCACCACCUCCAACGGCAGCCCGUCAUGGCGCGGGCGUACUUCUUUCCGGGAGGUGGCCCGGUGAGGUCCUACACCCAGGCUGCCUCGACCCUCACCCGGGAGCAGCUGCACGAUCUGGUGUACAGGUUAAACGAAGAUGAAAGAGAAUUGCUCAUGAACACGCUCAAGCAAUUCGAAUCCAACAAAGUGAAGGCAAAGUUUGAAGCCGAAACAGUGCCAGUACCACCGACUUCGGACCUCAUGAAACUUGGAUUGGUGAACGCCCUCCCAUUCAUUGGAUUUGGUUUCCUUGACAACUUUACCAUGAUCAUUGCGGGCGACUACAUCGAGCACACGCUCGGGCUGUUCAUGUGCAUAUCGACGAUGGCGGCGGCAGCACUGGGGAACACCAUCAGCGACGUAAUCGGCAUCGGGUCCGCCUUCUACGUGGAGAAGCUGGCCGAAAUGAGUGGCGUGAAGCCGCCGAAGAUGUCGCCGAUCCAGCUGGAGAUGAAAGCCAGCCGAAGGGCGGCCAAUUUGGGACGAGUGCUGGGUAUUACCAUCGGAUGUCUGCUGGGAAUGUGCCCUCUAUUAUUCAUGAAGGAGGAUAAGGAGAAGGAAAAGGACAAGGAUAAGAACAAGCCGUCGGAAGCAAGUGCGACUGAUGCUGCUGCUGCUGCUGCGGAUGGUGUUGCUAACAUUGUUGCCGUGAAAUAAGCCUCCGUCAGUGUGCAAAAGGUACUGAAUUUGAGCUGCGCUGCUGUUGCUGUGUGUUGUUGUCGGGGAGGCAGACAUUCUGUGGUUUACGGUCAAUUUACGGUGGCGCUUCACACGCGUGUGUGGAGCAACGCAAUCGGAAAUUUAAAUUAGCAAACCUUCCAGCUCGUUCCGACCCAUCUCCCUCCCUAGCGUGGUUCAUAUUUUACGUUGAUUGAUCGAUAACGACCGCGUUUGUUUGAAAUUUCGAAAUCGCUUCGGGCAUUUUACCGACCAACGAAACGAACGAUGAUAGAGCAUCGAGCUCGAUGAGAGAGGAUAGAUUGGCGGUGACACCCUCCCCCAGGGAGCUGGGUGGUGCAGGAAUAUGUAAAUAUUAUCAGUUGAUCGAAUCCAGUACUACCCGAGACACACGACACGCUUCCCCGAAACGACGUGCGAUGUGAUGCGUAUCGCGGAUCAGUGGUAUAGGAUUUAUCGUUCCAUCGUUCCACUCUGGGAGAUAAUUGACACAAGGAUAGAGGAGUUAUUCGAUUAGCCCACUGCACACGAUUGGUGCUACUGUGUUAUUACUAUUGCUAUAUUUAUUAACCACCACUCUUAACGCAACAGCCCACAAACGCUUUCCUGUGUACUGUGUUUGUGGCGAGCGAAAACAAUACGACUUAGUGCAACGUGCUUGUGUUUCGGUUAGUGUGUUACGAUUGUGUUUCAGAUUAGUAUCGUUAAGAGAAUGGGAAGGAGCAGCAAACUUUGUUAAUGAUUAAUGUUCUAGGCAAACCUGUUACCUACUAGUAGCGGAAUGACUAGUCAAACUAGUCCCUAUCUAUAUAAUGUGUUACUGUCGACGCAAUAGAGGAAAAAACACGCAACAAACGAUAUUACUCCUCGGCUCGGGAUGAGCGUAGUACGUACACGACCUGCUCGGGUGAACUAUACUAAUAGACGAAUUAAGAAUUCGAUGACACAACACCAACCAGCCAGCCGUGACCCACUCUAGUAGCAUCAGGCUUAGUUUAAGCGCUAUUCGAACAGGAGAACGAGUUUUGUUGCUUGCGAUUGAUUGCGAUUUAAAGAGUAAAACUAUCCACUUUCUUCCCAACUUUCGGCGACGACUUUCAAAGGAGAGAUGGCGGUUUAUUAACGAGGUUGAGAAAUUACUUCGAAAACAAAACAAAAAAUGCUAUUAAACAAAUUAUUAAUGUCACUUAGGGGUAUGUAGGCGAGAGUGCAGUGUAGUGUAAUUGGGUCCAUUUAAGAACAAGAAAAAAAGAUGCAGGAAUACUUUUUAUUAGCGAUUAGAGAUAUUUAAACACAUUGGUAUUAGCUUUUCCGCUAAAUCCGUGACCAAUUUCUCAAGUAUGUACUAGCAGUAGUAAUAGUAGUAAUAGUAGUAGUAGUGGUAGUAGUAGUUGCAUAGUAAAAGCAGAUAUAAUCAUCGUGUUCGUUGGUGUGAAUGAAAGCUUACCAAAACUCUUCUCUUUGCGCCAUUUUGCGGUAAGCAAUAGAUUACAAUAUACCUCAUUAAUUUCGCAUACAAGUAUUUACUUACCACACAUGCUGCGCCGCCGCCGCCGCCGCCCUCCUGUGUGGCACGCUAAGGUGAAACGCUUUCGCGGAAAAACUUUCACUGAAACCCGUAAGAAUGAGUUGGCACAUUGGCAAACGUUUCGCUUUGCAAUGUUUUUUUUGUGUUUUGUGCCACGUAGUAAUAAGCAGCAUGGUUUAAGCAUGUACCAAGUGGCCGAGAUUCCAUUCACACCUUUUUUUUGCCUGCGCGGAGUAAAAACAAUAGAAGCAAGUUUCUCGUUCCAUUUCAUUUUUUGCCUUGUUUGCCUUUGCCUUAUUGCCAACAAAAAAACACCUUACAAAACAAAACGAUUCGGAACCAAGUUCUUCCACACACACACACACACAUUCCCUAUGCAGCGUGCGGAUAUUUUUGACUAAGCAAAAGAAGGAGCUGUCGAAAAAGGCGACGCGCCCCCCAAAUGCGCCACGUAAAUCCCUCCAUGUUAAGCACAAUAAUAUUCUAAACAUGAUAUUUCUACUACCCCAAAACCUACACCUCGGCCUUACACCUUUACCUAUCUACUAAUUAUUCGAAGAAGAAGAAGAGGAAGAAGACGAAAAAAAAACAAAAAACUAUAGUAUAUCAUCGUUGAAUUGCUUAAGAAAAUGAAACUAUUUUUCUAUCAUCCUUCCUCCUUCUGGCUGGCCUUUCGUCGGUAAGCAAGCAUGCAGUCAAAAAAAAAAAAAAGUGGGCAGCUACUACUAACUAACAAACUACUAAAAGAAGGGGGUUGGGCAAGUGCAGCCACCUUCACAGUACCUAAGUAUAAUGGGUCAAUUUUCUAGCCACACAGCGCCACAUGGAUACUGUUGUCCCUACGUCGUCUUUCAACCUACUACUACGUACUGUCGAUUAACUUAUAUAGCGUAUGAAGGGGGUUACAUCCUGCCCCAAACAAAUUAAGGGGGACUUAACCUAAUAAACCACACCAUGAUGCACAGUGCAUUUGCAGCAUACAUAACGUAACACACAGACACACACACACGCUGUAUUCUAGCUAUUAUAGCAAGCAAAACAAAUUGACAAUUUUGAAUUAUGCUGUAAACUGCGCCAGGAACCGGAAUCGCGGAGCCUAGUGUGUUGAAUGAAAACAAGUAUAGUCUAGAAAAUAAUCCCGUUCUAAUACCGUAUUUCCAUCUCCAAGAGAGCGAUUGCUUGUGAAAUAUGUAAUGCUUUCAGCUAGAUCUUCCAGUUAGCAGAGUUCAGCGAGGGGGAACGAUGGUCAAACCGAUGCUCAAAUCAAAACAAAACAAUGAGAUCACAACACAGUCUCGCAUACACGCACACCGAAUAAUAUAUGAAUAUAUAGUAGGAUAUUAUAGUAUUAAAAAUACUACUACUAAUACACACUCUCUCUGUAUCGCUCUCUGGUGUCCUCGACACUCGAUUGCAUACGCAUACACGAACACGACAAAUGCGAUAAAACAAUACAACAAUCGACGAACAGCAAUAGAGAAACUAGCAAAUAUUGAAAACCGAAAUGUGUACCAAAAUAAACAGUAAAUUCAUUAUCAUAUUCAACCUUA